GACGCCAUCUCUACUCUCAACACAAUCACUGCGCAGUCUUCUUGAAUCUUCCUGCUCACUAUGGCGCCUACAAAGAGAAAGAAAGUCGACGUCGAGCACUUACGUUCUCUUGCGCAGCAAGAACAAGAGCCUACCCCGCUGACAAAAGAGGAGAUUAAAGCCACAAUGAUCCCCUCUAGCUACAAGCAAUACGAGUACAUUAUGACUCUUUGGUCAGAGUGA